GUUUUUCUCCACACACGCACACAGUCUUCAGAGUAGCUGAGGAGUUCAGACGAGGUGUUAGAUAGAUGGGAUUUAUUGCAGUGGAUUUAACUUUGUGGCUUUAAGAGAGAGAGAUCACCAGUCGAAGGUUGCUUUUGUUGAAUUCCUCUCAGCCUUCCUUGAUGGAAUCCGUUUUAAACAACACCACCGCCUCCACCCAGCCGGCGUCUUCUGCCCCCUUUCUCCCUGUCUCAGCCAAGAUCGGCAUCGCCAUCCUGACCCUGGCCUUUGUUCUGGGCUUCCCCGGCAAUCUGUUUGUGGUUUGGUCGGUGUUCUGCCGGGUGAAGAAGCGCUCGGUGACGUGCUUGUUGGUGCUGAAUCUGGCCGUGGCGGAUGCCUUCGUGCUGCUCAGUGCCCCUUUGUUCCUGCGGUACCUGGCUGGAGGCCGGGGCUGGGAGUUUGGCUCGGCAGCAUGCAAGCUGGUGCACUACUUGUCCAACGUGAACAUGUACGUGUCCAUCUACCUGAUCUGUCUGAUGAGCAUGGACCGCUGGCUGGCCGUCACGAGGCCUUUUCUGUCCCAGAGGAUGAGAACCAAGCGCUCACUGCUGGGUCUGCUGCUGCUGAUCUGGGUGUUGUCGUUCAUCCUGGCGUUGCCGAUGCCUUUCUACCGCAGUAAUUUGAAGAAAGGCCAAAACACCACUGUGAGCGACUGCAUCCCUUACCACUGGGGUUCUGUGGGCCACAAGGUCUUCCAGUACGUGUUUGAGACCACCAUGGGCUGCCUGGUGCCCUUCACCCUCAUCAACACCUGCUACUCCUCCGUCAUCUGCCGCCUGCAAAGUGCCAAGUUUCAGCGCCGAGGACAAGGCAGCCGUCUGAUCCUGAUCAUCAUCUGCGCCUUUGCAGCAUUCUGGCUGCCCUAUCACAUUGUCAACGUCAUAGAGGUGGUCGGUCUUUUGCAGAACAGCGAUUCAGUGCUCGCCGCUGCUCGCACUGCCCGUCCCAAUGUCACAGCCUUUGCCUACUUCAGCAGCGCCGUCAAUCCCAUCCUGUACGUGUUCGCCGGCAGCUCCCACAUCCGCCAGGCCGGGCUCAGCUUCAUGGGCAAGCUGUUCGAGGCCACCAACUCGGAGAGCAGAACCACGUCGACCUUCACCCGCAGCAGCCGCAGCAGCCGCAGCAACUCUUCACCAGACGAGAGCUCCAUCCUGCACACGCUGUCCAUCAAACUGGGGAAACCUUUCAAAGGCAAGAACAAGGAUAGGAGCAGCAGUGUGGCGGACAGAGAGGUCAACCAAGCUGAGCUCAAGACUCUGGCCAGCGUUGAACAGUUAGAGUAGCACCUGAGCUAGUGCGCAUGGACUAUAUUUCAAGAUCAAUUAGACUGAUUUUAGUUUUCAUGUUUGAGCUUUGACUUUUGUUCAGCUUUAUUACAUUAAGACAAAGAAAUGUUGCAGCCAGUCAUAGAAUGUCACUUAGUAAAGAGGAUAUCAGUCAAGUCAAAUUGUGGAAAUGGUGAGAGUGUUGGGAAUGGCCGGAAUAGUGGGGAUGACGGAAAAAAUGGCGGGAAUGACGGGAAUGGCCACCACCAACAGAGUAUUUAAAGAUGCAAUUACAAAAUGUAAAUAUAUUCAAUUGAAUAUGCAAGAGCUAUAAAAACAGGGUUUGAUUUCAUUAAAAGGAAAAGACUAUAAAUGCAUACAUUAAAUGGAAACAACUCCAGUUUUUUAGAAAAGGAUCUUUGACAGAUACAACCAUACUCCAAAGUAAUAUCUUAUUUAUAUCUACUUGGUGCACUGUUGGUCCACAUAUGGACAGUUUAUUUAAGAUUUGUUUGCUGAGAUUUCUAGUUUUGACUUUUUAUUACAAGCCUAAAAUGCUGUCUGGCUUUGUGUAGCAGUGACUUUAUUCACAUUACAAUGCAGCUAUAAUGAGAUUUGAUAUAUGUAGCAAAUAAAGCUUAAUAUUAUAUAGUC